UUCGCGUUGCACAAAAGCACUUUCGACUCUUCGCCAGUCAUCAUCCUCAAAGACCAACUCUCCUCCGCCCCGCCAUUACCUUCCUUCUCGCAGCAUGUCUGCUCCCCCGUCCGAUGACGGUGACUCCCGGACCGCCGCCGUUGGACAGAUGAAUGGCGCCUCCGUUCGCUCCUCCCGGCAAAGUUCCCACGACUCGAACCCUCACCCUCGAAAGCGGCAACGACGCAACGGCGCCGCGGACGACCGCAAGGUCCAGGAUUUCGUGCCUCAGGGAGCCACCUUUAGCGCCCACUCGCUGGAUGUAGAUCCCGACGACGAGACGUCUUCCUCCGGCUCCGAUAGCGAGUCCGUGAGCACCAGUUCCUCCGAAGAGGAAGGGGACAAGGCCGGCGCGGCAGCAGCACCGCCCGUCAGUUGGAACAAGGGCAGCAAGAGUGCGAUUCGGACGUCACUCCGCGGGAGUCGCAACGCAGCUGAGGGGAAUCAGUCGAAGCCCGCUGCGUCGAAGUUCGACGCGGUCAAUGACAAGUUCUGGCGCAGCCGGAGCGCGUCGACUUCCUCGGCCAGUGGCCGCGGCGACGCCGCACCGAACAAGUCCGAUCGCGACGAUGAGAUGGAGGAGGGCGAGGUAGACGAGGCGGAGAGCUCGGCGGAAUCAAGCCAGAUGCAGGGAUCGGUGGACUCGGAUGACUCGGACUCGUUGGAUUCGGAGGCGGACGACUCGAUCCUGUUGAAUAUCGGCGAGCGGGGUCCCGGCCAGAAUCUGGGUCAGACUCAGGAUGGCAUUCUGACCCCAGACGGCGACGAUGAGUACGAGCCGGUCACCAAUGGUUACAAAAAACGCGGCGCACAGGACGAUCUCAUCGACUCCCCGAAGAUGUCGAAGGAAGAUGCACACCGCCGAUACGCCCAGAGGUACCCGACGGCUCCCUCCGUCCUCGCCGAUCUUCACCGGGAGGACAUGGACUUCCAGGCGAAGUACAGGUUCUACGACCGGGACAUCAACGCCAUCGAUCUCCAGCUCCCGAUUGCCUGUACGGAGUGUUUACAAGAGGGCCACCUGGCGGAAGUCUGUCCCUCGAAGGAGUGCGUCCAUUGCAAUGCCUGGAACGAACACCAAAGCAGCCUAUGCCCCACCUGGCGCCGCUGCCAACGCUGUCGCGAGCGCGGCCACGACGACGACACCUGCCCCUCCGCCCUGAAAGGCUCCGCCUCCGAGACCCCAUGCGACCUGUGCGGCUCGUCCGACCACCUCGAGCUCGACUGCGACAUGAUGUGGAAGCUCAGCACCCAACACGACUCCACGUCCGGCCCCGUCCUCGUCUCGAUCUCCUGCGCCAAGUGCUGCAGCAACCGCCACCUCAUCGGCGAUUGUCCCUCUCUCAAGAAACCCCUCCUCUCGUCCACCUGGACUCUCCACGGCAUUGACCCGGAGAUGGUCACAAACACCAACUCCGUGGUCAAUAAUUCCCGACGCGGCGGCGGCAACCGAGGCGGCCAAGCGCCGGGUCCCCGCGGCAUGAAGAUCCGCGGUCGGGCCGACCAGCACCGCCCACCGUCCUCCGACAGCGACGACAUGAUGAGUCGGCUGCGUCAGCCCGUCAACCGCAGUAAUAACAACAACAACAAUAACAGCAAUCGCGGACAUAUUCGGUUCGGAGCUGGCAUCGGCGCGAACAAUAGGAAUAUUGCACCGCCUGGUGGUGGCUAUCGACAGCGGUCCUUGUCGCCGAACGGCCGCCCGGGUCGCGGUGGCCGUGGCGGCGGCGGCGGUGGUGGAAGAGGCAGAGAUAGUUACCAGCCCUCGUCCGGAGGUCGAAAUGCGAGACCGCCACCCGCACCCUCGCGUCCGGCCAGAGGCGGCGGAGGAGGACGUGGUGGUGGUCGGGGUGGGAAGAGAGGAGGAGGGCCUGGUGGAGAUGCGUACCGUCCGCCGCGUCGCUGGUAAAAAGGCGUGGAUCGAUACAGGAUGUGAAUGGUUGAUUGAGUUGACACGACUGAUACCCCCUCUACGAGUGGCUGCGGGUAUAGAUGCAUGUUUGCGUACUUGGUAAAAUACCCCGGGAUGAUUAUCUUUCUUUUAUCUGUUUGUCUUAGUAUCUUCCCCCGAGACGGAGAGGAACCAGGGCAGGUCCUUUCUUCAGAGCAUUAUGUACAAAAGCCACAAAAAGCCAUUGUCUUUUCUCUAUUGAUCUAAAUCAUUGGGUCGAUGCCGCGGCCGUGGUGCAUCGGUUGUGGGAACUUUGUUUCCACCUCUGUGGCCGACGAACCCUUGGUCAAGGAUGUCAACCAGCUCGUCUAAACGCUCAAUGCAGAGAUCGGUAUGCUCGUGAUCCUCCAAAUGAGCAUUAUGGUCGUUGAGGAGGAGCACGGUCGCGGCCCCCGCCGUAUGCCCAGCCGUCAUAUCAUCGAGACUAUCUCCGAC